GUCUCAGAUAUCAGCCACAGAGGCCUCUCAGGAUGGCUGCCCCUGGGGAAGCCGUGGUCUCCCCSAUCCCCUGAGCUGCCCACAGGUUCCCUGCAGACUUUCGUGAAUCUCUGGGCAGGGAAGUUCUUCUCCUUCUCCUUCUUUUUUCAACACCAGGGAUGGUACCCACUAAGAGACCUCUCCAGCCCUUUGGAUUUGAUUUUGAGACAGGGUCUCACGAGGUUGCCCAGGCUGGCCUUGAACUUGGGAUCCUCCUGCCUCCGCCUCCCGAGGAGCUGGCAUUACGGGUGUGCACCGGCAGGCCCRUGUAGGCUUGGGAAUGUUCUCUAGCAGGGGACAUUCUGCCCAGGCAGCUUCUUGCGGAGGCUUCUUGGCAAGCCCAGGAGGGCAGGCCCCCUGUGUGUCCAUCUGCCAGGUUGGUUUCUGGUUCCGGAGCGGCAGUGGCGGCGGGGAGCCCGAGUGGUGGGCUGUAAGCCACAGGUCGCGACUCUGGGCGGCCUUGCRGGCCGGCGGCGCCUGCGGCGUGAGGGGCGACGACGAGCGACCCAGCGACUUCCAGCCGAAAGGAGCGAGGGCGGCGUGAUGAACCGGGCCAAGCCCACCACCGUGCGGCGGCCCAGCGCCGCGGCCAAGCCCUCAGGCCACCCGCCGCCCGGAGACUUCAUCGCUCUGGGCUCCAAGGGUCAGGCCAGCGAGGCCAAAGCCGCGUCCACCCUGCUGAAGCCCGCGCCGUCCGGCCUGCCCUCGGAGCGCAAGCGGGACGCGGCGGCGGCUCUGUCGGGCGCCUCGGCGCUGACCGGCCUCACCAAGCGCCCCAAGCUGUCCUCCACGCCCCCGCUGAGCGCCCUGGGGCGCCUGGCCGAGGCCGCGGUGGCGGAAAAGCGCGCCAUCUCUCCUUCCAUUAAAGAGCCAUCGGUGGUGCCAAUUGAAGUGCUGCCCACAGUGCUGCUGGAUGAGAUCGAAGCUGCCGAGCUGGAGGGCAACGAUGACCGGAUCGAGGGGGUGCUGUGUGGGGCAGUAAAGCAGCUGAAGGUGACGCGUGCCAAGCCCGAUAGCACCCUGUACCUGAGCCUCAUGUACCUGGCCAAGAUCAAGCCCAACAUCUUUGCCACUGAGGGCGUCAUCGAGGCCCUGUGCAGCCUUCUGCGGCGAGAUGCCUCCAUCAACUUCAAGGCCAAGGGGAACAGCCUGGURUCUGUGCUGGCCUGUAACCUCCUCAUGGCCGCCUAUGAGGAGGAUGAGAACUGGCCUGAAAUCUUUGUCAAGGUGUACAUUGAAGAUUCCCUGGGAGAGCGGAUCUGGGUGGACAGCCCUCACUGCAGGACAUUCGUGGACAACAUCCAGACGGCAUUUAACACCAGGAUGCCCCCCAAGAGCAUGCUGCUGCAGGGGGAGGUGGGGCGCAGCGGGGGAGACCUUGGGGCUGGGAGCAGCCCGCACCCCUCCCUCACGGAGGAGGAGGACAGCCAGACAGAGCUGCUGAUAGCCGAGGAGAAGCUGAGCCCUGAGCAAGAGGGUCAGCUCAUGCCCAGGCCUAGGUACGAUGACCUCGCAGAGAGCGUGGAGGAGUAUGUCCUCGACAUGCUGCGGGACCAGCUCAAUCGGCGCCAGCCCAUCGACAACGUCUCCAGGAACCUCCUGCGGCUGCUCACCUCCACCUGCGGCUACAAGGAGGUGCGGCUGCUGACUGUGCAGCGGCUGGAGAUGUGGCUGCAGAACCCGAAGCUGACCAGGCCAGCCCAGGACCUGCUGAUGUCCGUCUGCAUGAACUGCAACACGCAUGGCCCAGAGGACAUGGAUGUCAUUUCUCACCUGAUCAAGAUCCGCCUCAAGCCCAAAGUUCUCUUGAACCACUACAUGCUCUGCCUCAGGGAGUUGCUGAAUGCCCACAAGGACAACCUGGGCACCACCAUCAAGUUUGUGAUCUUCAACGAGCUGUCUAACGCCCGCAACCCCAACAACAUGCAGAUCCUCUACACAGUACUGCAGCACAGCGCCGAGCUGGCACCCAAGUUCCUGGCCAUGGUGUUCCAGGACCUGCUGACCAACAAAGAUGACUACCUCCGGGCCUCACGGGCCCUGCUCCGGGAAAUCAUCAAGCAGACGAAGCACGAGAUCAACUUCCAGGCUUUCUGUCUUGGGCUMAUGCAGGAGCGCAAGGAGCCCCAGUACCUGGACAUGGAGUUCAAGGAGCGGUUUGUGGUUCACAUCACGGAUGUGCUGGCUGUGUCCAUGAUGCUGGGCAUCACGGCUCAGGUGAAGGAAGCUGGCAUUGCCUGGGACAAAGGAGAGAAGAGGAACCUUGAAGUGCUGCGGGCAUUCCAGAACCAGAUUGCUGCAAUCCAGCGCGACGCCGUCUGGUGGCUUCACACGGUCGUCCCUUCCAUCAGUAAACUUGCCCCCAAGGACUACGUGCAUUGCCUCCACAAGGUGCUGUUCACAGAACAACCGGAGACCUACUACAAGUGGGACAACUGGCCACCUGAAAGUGACCGCAACUUCUUCCUGCGCCUCUGCUCAGAGGUGCCCAUCCUUGAGGACACGCUGAUGCGCAUCCUGGUCGUUGGGCUGUCCCGGGAGCUCCCGCUCGGCCCUGCAGACGCCAUGGAGCUUGCUGACCACCUGGUGAAGCGGGCUGCAGCUGUGCAGGCGGAUGAUGUGGAAGUGCUGAAGGUGGAACGGAUCCAGCUUAUCGAUGCCGUCCUGAAUCUGUGCACCUACCACCACCCCGAGAACAUCCAGCUCCCUCCUGGGUAUCAGCCCCCGAACCUGGCCAUCUCCACGCUCUACUGGAAGGCAUGGCCCCUGCUGCUGGUUGUGGCUGCAUUCAACCCGGAGAAUAUCGGCCUGGCUGCCUGGGAGGAGUACCCCACCCUGAAGAUGCUCAUGGAGAUGGUGAUGACCAAUAACUACUCCUACCCGCCGUGCACCCUGACGGAUGAGGAAACCCGGACCGAGAUGAUUAACCGGGAGCUGCAGAUCUCCCAGCGGGAGAAACAGGAGAUCCUGGCAUUUGAGGGGCACCUGGCCGCUGCGUCCACCAAGCAGACCAUCACUGAGAGCAGCAGCCUCCUCCUGUCACAGCUCACAAGCCUGGAUCCCCAAGGGCCCCCUCGGAGGCCUCCUCCUCACAUCCUGGACCAGGUGAAGGGUCUUAACCAGUCCCUGCGCCUCGGGCACCUCCUUUGUCGCAGCCGCAACCCAGACUUCCUCCUCAACAUCAUCCAGAGGCAGGCCUCCUCGCAGUCCAUGCCCUGGCUGGCCGACCUGGUGCAGUCCAGCGAGGGCUCCCUGGACGUGCUGCCCGUGCAGUGCCUGUGUGAGUUCCUGCUGCACGACGCUGCCGACGACCCCGCCUCUGGGGAGGAGGAGGACGAGGGCGAGAGCAGGGAGCAGAAGGCCAAGAAGCGGCAGAGGCAGCAGAAGCAGCGACAGCUGUUGGGCCGCCUACAGGACCUGCUGCUGGGUCCAAAGGCUGAUGAGCAGACCACAUGUGAGGUGCUGGACUACUUCCUACGGCGUCUUGGCUCAUCGCAGGUGGCUUCCAGGGUUCUGGCCAUGAAGGGCCUGUCGCUGGUACUCUCAGAGGGUGGUCUGCGGGACAAGGAGGAGAAGGAUCCUCCCAUGGAGGAGGACUCAGGGGAGGUGGAUGCGCUGCAGGGCUACCAGUGGCUGCUGCGGGACUUGCCCAGGUUGCCCCUGUUUGACAGCGUCAGAACCACCACAGCCCUGGCACUGCAGCAGGCCAUCCACAUGGAGACCGACCCCCAAACUAUCAGCGCCUACCUGAUCUACCUGUCCCAGCACACGCCGGUGGAGGAGCAGGGUCCACAUAGCGACCUGGCCCUGGAUGUGGCCCGGCUUGUUGUGGAGCGCUCCACCAUCAUGGCACACCUCUUUUCGAAGCUGUCCUGCAGCGCUGCCUCUGACGCCGUGCUGGGUGCCCUGCUGUCUGUGUUCUCCCGCUACGUGCGGCGCAUGCGCAAGAGCAAGGAGGGCGAGGAGGUCUACAGCUGGUCAGAGUCUCAGGACCAGGUUUUCCUGCGCUGGACCAGCGGGGAGACUGCUACCAUGCACAUCCUUGUGGUCCAUGCCAUGGUCAUCCUGCUGACACUGGGCCCGCCCCGAGCUGGUGAUGGCGAAUUCUACGAGCUGUUGGACAUCUGGUUUCCAGAGAAGAAGCCACUGCCCACUGCCUUCCUGGUGGACACAUCAGAGGAGGCACUGCUGCUGCCUGACUGGCUCAAGCUGCGGAUGAUCCGCUCAGAAGUCCCUCGGCUGGUGGACGCUGCCCUGCAGGACCUGGAGCCCCAACAGCUGCUGCUCUUCGUUCAGUCCUUUGGCAUCCCCGUGUCCAGCAUGAGCAAACUGCUCCAGUAUCUGGACCAGGCAGUGGCCCAUGACCCCCAGACCCUGGAGCAGAACAUCAUGGACAAGAAUUACAUGGCUCACUUGGUGGAAGUGCAGCACGAGAGAGGCGCCUCGGGAGGGCAGACCUUCCAUUCCCUGCUCACGGCUUCCCUCCCUCCCAGGCGAGACAGCACAGAGACACCAAAGCCAAAGAGCAGCCCUGAGCACCCUCCAGGCCAGGGCUGCACUCGUGCUGGGAUGCAGGUCCGGGCACUUGGCCCUGAGGACGACUUGGCUGGCAUGUUCCUACAGAUCUUCCCACUGAGCCCAGACCCCCGGUGGCAGAGCUCUAGCCCCCGCCCUCUUGCCCUGGCGCUGCAGCAGGCUCUGGGUCAGGAGCUGGCCCGAGUCCGCCAGGGGGACCCUGAGGUGCCAGGCAUCACAGUGCGCCUCCUGCAGGCCAUGGCUACCUUGCUAGGCUCCCCGCACGGUGGGGCCCUGGCCAUGGCCAUGCACCGCAGCCACUUCAUGUCCUGUCCGCUGAUGCGCCAGCUCUACCAGUAUCAGCGCUGUGUGCCCCAGGACACUGGCUUCUCCUCCCUCUUCCUCAAAGUGCUGAUGCAGAUCCUGCAGUGGCUGGACAGCCCUGCUGUGGAGGAAGGGCCMCUCCAGGCUCAGCUCAAACUGUUCGCCACCCAGUACUCAGCAAGACGCAGGAUCAGCGAUGUGCGAAGCGGGCUCCUGCAUCUGGCUGAGGCCCUGAGCUUCCGUCGUGACUUAGAGGUGAUCAACUCCACUGUGCGGGCUGUCAUUGCCACCCUGAAAUCUGGGGAGAAGUGCAGUGUGGAGCCAGAGCUCAUCAGCAAAGUCCUUCAGGGUCUCAUCGAGGUAAGAUCCCCCUAUCUGGAGGAGCUGUUGACAGCACUCUUCUCAGCUACCAUGGGUGCCACUGGUCCGAGUCCAGCCUCCAAGGCCAUCGUGGUGGUGAGCUCCUUGCUGCAGGAGGAGGAGCCCCCUGUUUCUGGGAAGCAGGACACAGAUGACAGCCUGGAGACUGUGUGCCUGGGACCCUCAUCAGGGCUGCUGGUAGACUGGCUGGAGAUGCUGGACCCUGAGGUGGUCAGCAGCUGCCCCGACCUACAGCGGAAAUUGCUCUUUUCACGGAAGAAGGGCAAGGGUCCUGCAGGUCCCCAGGUGCCGUCCUUCCGCCCCUACCUCCUGGCCCUCUUCACACACCAGUCCAGCUGGUCCACGCUGCACCAGUGCAUCCGCGUCCUGUUGGGUAAAAGCCGGGAACAGAGGUUUGACCCCUCUGCCUCCCUGGAUUUCCUCUGGGCCUGCAUCCAUGUUCCAAGGAUUUGGCAGGGAAGGGACCAGCGCACCCCACAGAAGCGGCGGGAAGAGCUGGCACUCCGUGUCCAGGCUCCAGAACUCAUAAGCCUGGUGGAGCUGAUUCUGGCUGAGGCGGAGACCAGAAGCCAGGAUGGGGAUGCCACUGCCUGGACUCUUAUCCAGGCCAGACUGCCCCUGCUGCUCAGCUGCUGCCGUGGUGAUGACGAAAGCAUCAGAAAAGUGACAGAGUACCUAACAAGCUGCAUCCAGCAGUGGGGGGACAGUUUGCUGGGCAAGCGCUGCCAAGACCUGCUCCUGCAGCUCUACCUGCAGCGGCCAGAGCUCCGGGUACCGGUUCCUGAGGUCCUGCUGCAGAGUGAAGGGGCCACUGGCAGCAGCAUCUGCAAGCUGGAUGGGCUUGUUCACCGCUUCAUCACGCUCCUCGCAGAUACCAGUGACUCCAGGUCGUCUGAGAGCCGAGUGGCCGAUGCCAACAUGGCCUGUCGGAAGCUGGCUGUGGCCCACCCCAUCCUACUGCUAAGACACCUGCCCAUGAUCGCUGCUCUCCUGCAUGGCCGGACGCACCUCAACUUCCAGGAAUUCCGGCAGCAGAACCACCUGACCUUCUUCAUGCAUGUACUGGGCAUCCUGGAGCUGCUGCAGCCACGGGUCUUCCAGAGCGAGCACCAGGGGGCGCUGUGGGACUGCCUGCUCUCUUUCAUCCGGUUGCUCCUGAACUACAGGAAGUCCUCCCGCCACCUGGCCCCCUUCAUCAGCAAGUUCGUGCAGUUCAUCCACAAGUACAUAACCUGCAGCGCCCCGGCUGCGGUGUCCUUUCUUCAGAAGCACGCAGAGCCCCUCCAUGACCUAUCCUUUGACAACAGUGAUCUGAUGAUGCUGAAGUCCCUUCUUGCAGGACUCAGCCUUCCCAGCCGGGACGGCAGGGCUGACCGGGGCCUGGAUGAGGAGGGAGAGGAUGAGCGCUCGGCUGGCUCCCUGCCUCUGGUCAGCGUCUCCCUCUCCACUCCGCUGACGGCGGCCGAGAUGGCCCCAUACAUGAAGAGGCUUUCCCGGGGCCAGACUGUUGAGGAUCUGCUGGAGGCGCUGAGUGACAUAGACGAUAUGUCCCGGAGGAGACCUGAGAUCCUGGGCUUUUUCUCGACCAAUCUGCAGCGACUGAUGAGCUCAGCUGAGGAGUCCUGUCGCAGCCUGGCCUUCAGCCUGGCGCUGCGCUCCAUCCAGAACAACCCCAGCAUUGCAGCUGACUUCCUGCCCACCUUUAUGUACUGUCUGGGCAGCCGGGACUUUGAGGUAGUACAGACGGCUCUCAGGAACCUGCCAGAGUACACCCUGCUCUGCCAAGAGCAUGCAGCUGUGUUGUUGCACCGGGCCUUUUUGGUGGGCAUGUAUGGCCAAAUGGACACCAGUGCCCAGAUCUCCGAGGCCCUGAAGAUCUUGCACAUGGAGGCUGUGAUGUGAACCUGCGGCAGCCUGACCUGUCCAUCAGCCUUAGUGCCCUUGGCACCUGAGCAACUGAGGCCAAGCUCAGGAAGCCCACUCCACUGGUGGUCUUAUCUGGGAGCUGGCCAAGGCUGGGCAGGGGCUGGAGCAGCACUGUUGGGCUAGCAGCUGACUUUUGGGGACAGUCCACUGAGGCUACACCACUUCCCAGGUCAUAGCUCUGCUGCACAGCCACAGGGGACAUGGGCCAGCCCAAGGAGAGUCUAGUGUCUGGGCGAGGCACUCCAAGGGCUGGUUGUAAAUGAAGCUUUCUGAAUUUGU